AUGUUUACCGAAGCACUUGUCGUCACGUGGAUCAGCAUGUGCGUGGUCAUGCUGUACAGCGAGUCACGGCUCUGGAUUGUCGUGGCCUCUUCGAUGGCUUUUGCAAUGGCUCGAGUAGUGAUCGUCCCACUAGCUUCAUCUAGGGUGAAGACGUUUUCUACCUUGUCAACGUUCAGCCAGCUGAUAUUUUGCAAUACGGCAGUGUCGAUGCUGCAUUCGGCGCUGUCGUCUCUAUUGGCCGUUUUGGCACUUCUUACAUCGCACUCACUGAAUGGAGAUUACGUAAACACUGUCACAAGGGGCGAAUUUCUCGCCACUGCUGUUUCAACGGGGUACUUUGCAUACGACUUGUGGGACUACGUGCUGAACGAGCUGUAUAUCAAGUCUCCAGGUAUCGUUCUGCACCACGUAGUAGUGCUCAUCUGCUACAUUUCCGCGCUCAUCAGGACAAUUGGCGUGCCACUGCUGUCCCUCGCACUUAUCUGCGAGCUGCACUCGGUAUUCAUGCACACUCGGAAGCUGUUGACGAUGAGUAAUUACUCUGUUCGACAGUCUUCAUUUCUGCAGUGGGUCUGGCGGGGGCAGUGGGUAUCUUUCGCUUUGGCACGAUUCGUGCCUCAUGUGAUCGUUACCGUGAUGACGUAUCAAGCACGAAAUCUUUUCGAGCAACAGCUGCAUUUUGUAAUGGCGUUCAGCGGAAUGAUAUUCAUUAACCUGCUUAAUGCUCAGGUACGUCUACUGUACAAUAGCAUAUUACCCUUAUUCAUCAUGACGGAUGUUCGUGUACCCUUUUUCCAGCUUUUCCUCGAUGUGCACAAAGCUUGUCAAAAUGACUAUACGUCCCUGAUUGCGUCGCCUCUAAUGACGAAAUCGUCCUAA